AUGGAUGCGGCAACUCUCCACAACUCGACGUCCUCUCCUCUCCUCUGCCUUCCGCCCGAAAUCAGAAACACAAUCUACGAAUAUGUAAUCGGCGGGAAUGUGAUUGGCAUAUACAUGUCAACCAUUGGAACUCCCAGCAUAGUUCACAAUGUCAUCCCUAUCUUGCCGUCAAGCGCAGGAAAUACAUCCAACCGCAGAUAUCGGGUUUCGUAUCCUCAAGAUGCAAUCUGGCCCGAAAUCCCAGCCAAGCCAAGUUCCGAAGCCGAAAUAGCGGAAAUGAAUAAACAUGAGGAGCAGAUGAGUCGCGAACGAUACGAACGUUUCAUCAAGAUGGCUUUAGUACAAAGGGCAUAUGGUACUAGUAGCGCUAUCUUCAAGCAUCAACAAUCUUAUUCGAGACGAAGGCCACGGGUGAACCUCAAACCCAAAUCCGUUUAUGUUUCGAUGUUGUGGACCUGCCGUCAGAUCUAUCAUGAAGCAUGCUUACUAUUGUACUCUUCGAACAUCUUCUACUUCGAAUACGGGCCUGCUCUAGAGAUGUUUCUCCUAAGAUCUCUCAACUUGAAGCAAGCCCAAGCUAUUAAACAUGUUUAUAUACUUCAUCGCAUCCGAACAGAAAGCAGAGACAACAUGUCAGAGCACUGGCACUCUGUGUUCACCCCCGCUGUUAUCGAUGCUCUUCCUGGCGUUCAAACCGUAUCAUUGCUCCUAAGCCAAAUUGGUUGCCUAGGUCAAGGUGUUCGCCUUCAAGACAGGAGUGUAAAUGGGCGAUGGCGACACUGUGGCGGCGUAGCCCCAGCCUGGAACGACCAGAUUUACGUCUACGGGUUUUCACGCCUUCGCCUGCUUCCGCAGCUUUCGUACGUGAACGUGCCCCUCAGAACAUAUUCAAAGGAUUGUUCUAUACUUCGCGUUCGUCAUCCAGCUUCUUCCACCGAACCUCCAAUGAAAAGCGACAGAGAAUUGUACGUUCAACGUCUUUGCGAACAGCUCCGUACUCCUUGGAAUGAUGUCUCUCGAGCUUUCUUUGAAGAAUAUGAGAUGAAGGAACGUCCACAUUUCAUGUCGUGGGCAAAAAUGAUGGAACAAAAGGAAGUUGCAGGUGAGGAUGGGCACAAGUAUGACUUUCUUUGAGAGACAACGAAGGUUUCCUCGGAUUUGAAAACUUCCGUGCAUCUUCCGUCAAUUUGGUGGACACAAGCGUCAAAGUAAGGUUCUUGAAGACCACCAGUAGGUAUCAGGAAGCGUGCGUGUCUAGGUAGGACAUGACAGGUUGUCUAGCAAACGGAGGUCAUAAUACUAAACUAUUCUCGCA